AAUAGGAGAAGCGGGAGGAGCGGCGAGCCGCUCAGCCGCCGCGGAGGCUGUUCUCCGGAGAGCAGGCGUGCGGUCCUUGCCCCGCCUUCUUUUCCUUCCCCUCCCAGUGAGUGAUUCAAGGCGUGCGCUUCCCACUUCCUCCCCCUCCGCCUGCCAUUGGAACUAGCAAAGCCGAACAAGUUGCGGCCGUCGAACAGCUGGCGCUCGCCUUCCUCCUCCGCUCCUCUUUUCUCCUCUCUCCAUCCCUGGCCGCCGCCGCCGCCGCCGCCGCCCGGAAGCCUAGAGACCGCCGAGCCCGCAGCCCACGCCGCGGCCGACAUGAGCUUCUUGUUUGGUAGCCGCUCCUCUAAAACAUUUAAACCAAAGAAGAACAUUCCAGAGGGUUCUCACCAGUAUGAGCUCUUAAAGCACGCAGAAGCCACACUUGGCAGUGGCAACCUCCGGAUGGCGGUCAUGCUUCCUGAGGGGGAAGAUCUAAAUGAAUGGGUUGCAGUGAACACUGUGGAUUUCUUCAAUCAGAUUAAUAUGCUUUAUGGAACAAUCACAGAUUUCUGUACAGAGGAAAGUUGUCCGGUGAUGUCAGCUGGCCCAAAAUAUGAGUAUCACUGGGCAGAUGGAACAAACAUAAAGAAGCCUAUUAAGUGCUCUGCGCCAAAGUAUAUUGAUUACCUGAUGACUUGGGUUCAGGACCAGUUGGAUGAUGAGACAUUAUUUCCAUCAAAAAUUGGUGUCCCAUUCCCAAAGAAUUUCAUGUCUGUGGCAAAAACUAUACUCAAACGCCUCUUUAGGGUUUAUGCUCACAUUUAUCAUCAGCAUUUCGAUCCUGUAAUCCAACUUCAGGAGGAAGCACAUCUCAAUACAUCUUUCAAGCACUUUAUUUUUUUUGUCCAGGAAUUCAACCUUAUUGAUAGAAGAGAACUUGCACCACUCCAAGAACUGAUUGAAAAACUCACCUCAAAGGACAGAUAAAAGGACACAGAGCUGUGCAAAUUGUUCCUCAAAUGAAGUGUGUGAAGAGUAUUUGGAUUUUGUUGUGUUUUAUUUUUAUAUCGGUCGUUUUUUGUCUUAGGUUUGGGGGACUUGUUUGGGUUUCUUUUUCUUUAUUCUGAGCAAAUGAAACCAUAUUCUAUUGCUAAAGAAGCCAAGAACCAUUCUCUCUAUAUUUGAUAGGGGUAAGUUUUGUCUUAUUAGCAUAUGAUGUUUGGUUUUUUGUUUUUUUACUUGGUUUGCUUACUUGCAGAAUUUUUGAUAAUACUGUGUGCUAACAGAAAACGCUUGCUGAUUGGACUGCUGACGGAUGGGGGUUCUGUAUUGUGUAAAUUGUGGCCAAUUUCUGAAGUCCCCAAAAGACUUAUGUUUUUAAGUGCCUUGGUAGGCUCACUUCUGAGGUGCAAAGCACAGACAUAGAACUGAACAGGGCUUGAACAAUAUUAGGAUUACUACCCAGGGCACUUACUGAUGCAUGUUUUAAAAUAUCUAUGAUAAAAGCCAUAGUUUACCUAAA